AUGGCACCGACGCAGCUCAGCAUUGUGCUGGAGGGUCUGCUCAACGAGCUCGGGACAGCCGACCUCAGUACGCUCGAGGCCAUGCUCAAGCACGAUACAGGCGCAGUGCUCGACGCGAUCCGAAGCACCACUGCAGCCGCAGAGGCUGGUGCGGCGGUUUAUGCCAGCUCGGCCACGAGCAAUGUUGUUGUGUGCCCAAGCAGCACUGCCACCGCUGGCGUGAUCUCGGGUCAGCACAACGGCAGCAUCUCCCGCACUCUCGUCAGCACAGACGCGCAAACCACACUAAAGGGCUCGGACAUCCAUGCAGCCGCGAGUAGUGCGAGUGCUGAGGUGCUGCUCCGGCAGGAGUUGGAAGAGAAGUUGCGGCGUUCCGACCGCGACAACCUGAGGACAGCGCAGCAGGCUGCUAAACGCGACAUCAAAGCGGCCGAGCGGAUGGCCGACGAGGCCGAGCUGCGCGAGCAGCUCGACGCGCUGCAGAUUUCGAUGGAGGCAGAGGCGAGGCGCGCUGAUGCCGCAGAGGCGGAGAGGCCGCUAAGUGUCUUUUUCGCCGUCAAACCGCUCUAG